UCCCGCCAUACUGUUGGCGCCUAGUUUCUGUUUCAAUUGUCGCCUGUCUCAUUGUUUUGGAGCUGUCGAAUUAAAAUUCUCAACUUCCCUGAAUUAUUUGAUGAGUUGUCCGGUUAUGUACCCAAUAUGGACAGUGUCGUUUGCUGUUCAUGCGUGAGAAGAGGAAAAUGUCCGUCAGUUUUAAGUGUCAAAUGUACGUCGCAGCAGCAAAUAUUUUUUUGUCAAGAUAAGGAGUGCAUACAUUACUUCCUGCCUCUGAAUUUUCCUCCGUCACAAUGUCACUUUGCAGAGUCUGUCCAAUCCGACCACUAUCCAGUAUCAGACAAGACCGAAUUUCUAACCAUCACCUCUCCAAAACAAAGUGAAGCAAAAGUAUUAUCUACUAGCAAAUCAGACGAACAAAGGACUGUCUCAACAGACUCUGGCAUCAGUUCACCCGUUUCGAAGAAUAUACUCAGAAAAAGUGGGUCCACGGAGGCUGGUGCACCUGAAUUUCUUUUAGAUAACUGCAACGAUUCGGUGUCGACAUCAACGUCUACAUCACAUUCUCGCAUUUCAACUACUUACAGUCACUACAAACGAUCUGUUUUACUACGAGCCAGACGACAAGCGGAUAACCUCCGCUUUAAAUUUCUCAAGGAACGUCGUGCAGCAGCUAAGAGCAGUUAUUGUGUUGGGUCACUUCUGUCUGCAGGACUGCGUUUUUUAUAGACACUGUACAUAGUUUUUAUACUUU